AUGACCUUUGAUGAGACCAGCAUGGUGCCAGACCACGUAUAUGACGAUGGGUGUGAGCUGCAGGCAUUAAAAGGCGUUUUCUUAGUUCUCGUGGUGUUUGGUUUGUUCAUCAUCAUCUACUGUUCUGACAUCAAGGGAAGUAACACCUACCAAGACGUGGUUCUCUCCCUGUGUGGCCCUAAAGCCCAGCUGGCUUGUGCUGUCUGUAUUUUAGUGACCUGUUUUGGUUCGUGUACCACAGGUCUUAUUGUAAUAUAUGAUCAAUGGGAGCUAUUUUUCCUCAAUGUAGCUCCCGACCUCUACUGUACUACACAUCCCUUCUACAUGACAAGAGCUUUCAUCACAUCCGCUACAUCCGUAGUUUUUAUACUUCCGUUAUGCUUUACCAAGAGAAUCGAUUUCUUAAAACACUCUAGCUGUGUUGGUGUGAUUGGGUGCUUGUAUAUAGCAGUACUUGUAGCAGUAAAGUAUUUUCUACCUCAUGAUAAUCAGGGGACUAUUGCCACAGGGCCACAUUCAUGGGUCGAUAUUUUCCUAGUUGUACCAAACAUUGGUUUCGCUUAUGCCUGUCAAGUUAGCAUAAUCCCUAUCUACUCCUGUAUGACCAAGCGUAACAUGAGAGAGUUCACUAAAACAGUAACGCUUGCCAUGAUAUUGUGUGUAAUCACCUACACCGUUACUGCAACUCUGGGCUAUCUUCAGUUUGGCGACGUUGUCACCGCUGACAUACUGCUGUCGUUUAACCCUACAGCUGAUGUGAUGGUGGCUGUAGUUCUUGUGGCUGUGAAGACAUACACCACCUACCCUAUUAUUUGCUUCUGUGGAAAGGCAGCGUUUGAAACGUUGUGGGGAAUGUUCUGGAAAAUGAGUCCAGAAGAAAUUUUACACAAAGAAAAGACGAGACGUGUCAUAACUACAUUGGUGUGGUUCACCUUGACCCUGCUACUGUCCAUCUUCAUCCCUAAUAUAGGCGUGGCCAUUCAAAUCAUUGGGGCAAACACUGCGCUGUUAAUAUUUGUAUUUCCAGGGUUAAGUUUGAUGAAGACAAUGCAAAAUAGAAUUGAGUCAGGAGAGAGACAGCCAAGUAAAGUUUAUUUGUUAAGGUGGACGGCCAUCUUCUUUUUUGUUAUUGGUGUGUUUAUUUUUGGACUGACCUUAUCGCAAUCCAUAUUGCAAGACAUUCGUGGAGUCAAGCCAGACUCGUCCAAAUUUACAUGUAGCUAGUUGUUUGAUUAAUGUUUGGUACCACACAACGUUGCAUGAAAGAAUAGUUGUA